GAUUCAUAAUUGCCUUUGUUUUUAAGCCAUAUGCAGUUUAUAUUUAACUGUGCAGUCAGAGCUCCAGUUGAAUUUAAGAGUUCACCCAUUUCUCCGCAGAUUUAAAAGCAUUGCAAGAAACAAUGUGGAAGAUGAAGAGUCCUGAGAUGAGUUGUCUCUUCUGUGUUAUGCUUCUGAUCCAGAGCGUUCACGCAGAAUCCCUUGAUGUAUCCACAUGGGUUCAAGAUAACCACAGACUCCCCGUAGCCAUCAUCAUUCCUUCUGUCUGCAUUAUCGUCAUUCUGAUGUGCAUUCACUCCCGUUUAGAUAAAUGUUCAAAGGAUCCUAAAAGAGAAAGAGAAGAGGAGCUCCGUGCAAUGAUUGAAUCCUUAAUGAGAAGAAUUGGUAAUUUAGAAAGAGAAGAGGAGCUCCGUGCAAUGAUUGGACUUUCAGCAGAGAUGCUGGAGAAGAAGAUUGAGACACUGGAGAAGAAGAUUGAGACACUGGAGAAGGAGAAUGAGUUAUUGCAUGCACAAAGACAUAAAGUUGAUGUCACCCUGGACGCUGACACGGCUCAUCCUAGACUGCAAGUUUCUGAAGAUGGGAAGAGCGUAACAGACACUGGUGUGAUCAGAAAGGUGCCCAGCAAGGAGGAGAGAUUUGAUUCCCACACUUUUCUGUUGGCAAAGGAAGGUUACAUGUCGGGGAUGCAUUAUUGGGAAGUGGAUGUUGGAAAGAAACGCAACUGGAACUUGGGUGUUGCCCAGGAGAAUGUGGCACGAAAAGAGACAGUGGCUCUGUCCCCUAAGAAUGGUUUCUGGGUCAUAGGGUUAGCAGAUGGGCAAGAGUAUUGGGCCCACUCGGAUCCUUGGACCCGUUUAACUGUGAGUGGCAGACCACAGAAGAUUGGGAUCUUCCUGGACAUCUCAUCCAAGAAGUUGUCAUUCUUCAGCAUUCAUCAGAAAAAAGUGCUGUACACUUUUACCUCUGUUAGUCAUCACGGCCAGAACGUGAGGCUUUUUCCUUUCUUCUCAACAGGUUCAUCUGCAACCAGUUCUGACACUGAGCCUCUAAGAAUUGCAUAGGGGUUCAAUGAUGAUGACAAGUGAAUGGUUGAAGUGAAAAUGUACAGCUAAUUAAUGACUGAAAUCCAGAAUCUGAGGUCAGACUACACUCUAUUCAGCCCCAUGCAUUGUGUUACCAAGCUGAAACAUUUAAAAUACUUCUUCCACCAUUGCUUGUUAAGCCUUUCUUGAGCCAUUUCUGCAGGAAAAUCCUGACUUCAAGCCACUAGUCACUGUGUAGAGAGAGUCUCCAGGUGCUUCUAUCAACACACACAAUUGUUUUCUAAGCCCUGGAGCAGAUAAAUACUAUUUGUGUAUGCCUGCAUACAGAUCGUUCCAUCAGGUGUGAAGAAGAGCAUGAAUUCUUUCUCUGUGCACUGAUCAUCACAGGAAAUAUGACACCUGUGUGCAAAAGUUGGUGACUGCGCUAGCACAGAAGAGCUUUCUGAUGAGCUGAAACCACACUGCUUAAAAAGACCUAGAUUCUAUACUAGAUGAUAUAGAUAUAUAGAUACUAAUACUAGAUGAUCACCAGCCAUGGCAGAUCCUUCUAUGUCAGCUGCAAAAACUUAGCGCCAACUGAAGGCAACUUGGCUGACUUGCCAUCAGUGUUUCUUUCUGCAGGAAUUCCUUUCACUUGGAAAUGGUGUGAAGUGUGGUCCAGCCUUCCUCAUUUUAGUAAAUGGAAUAAAAUUUAUUCAGGAGAAUUCACAAGGCGCUAAUAUCCUUGCUAAUAUCCUCUCAUUUUUAGUGAGUACAGGGUACUAUGGUUAAGCUUUGUUGGACUUGAUGAUCUUCAAGGUCUUUUCCAACCUGGGUAAUUCUAUGAUCCUAUGAUUCUACAGACAGAAUUCACAUUGAAUCUGCGAAGCUGAACAUAGCUAAGCUUCCAUGUCAGUAAGCUUGUUGCUGACAUCUCCCACCCCUGCUAUUUCUAGAUUGAUGGAUUUAGCCUUUUUCUCUCCAAAGGAGAGAAUGGAUAAGUGUCAUGGUUUUGUAAUGCUGCUGUCAAUAUUCCACAUCAUAACAUCAUGUGCAGUAUGGAUCAUAAAAAGGUUCAUACUUCAGUUCUGUGGAAUAACAACAUCUCUUGGUUUUUGGGGACUCUCUCUCUGUUUUCUUCCAUCUACUAGCCUCAAUCAUAUUGUAUUAUAUUGUGUUAUCUUGUAU